GGCCUUCGAACAAAAUCAGCAGCGGUACGCUCUAUUAGCUCGCAAAGGGAUUUCGAUGUUUUUGUUAUUGUUGAUUCUUAUUGCGAUUCAGCGUAAAUUUCAUUCGUUCUCUGUCUCGCUUGAAAAUGAUGAUUCCCUUUUGGAUCAGCUUUGUGUUCGCAUCAGUGCCUCAUCUAGUCAUGACUCUCUGUUUUUGAUUGUUUCUUAUAUCCCGCCUAAUAGUAAUUAUAAUCUUUAUAAAGCGCAUGCUGACAACAUAAUGUCUUUAGUAUUAAAUAAGCUAGGAGAUGACCACCUUUGUGUGUUAGGCGAUUUUAAUCUUUGUAAUGUAUCUUGGUCCACAUCUUUUUCCAAUGCUGGUCUCUCGCCAAUUAAUGUCAAUGCGUCCCAUGAAGUGUACUUUAUAGAUAGCCUCUUAAGCCUUAAUUUAUUACAAAUCAAUAAUUUUGUUAACAAGUUGGAUAGAAUUCUUGACCUCAUAUUUAUUAGUGAUAACAUUAAGUGUAACAUUGAAGUUUGCCACAAUCCGAUCACUCCAUCUAAUAUGCAUCAUGUUCCUCUGCUACUAAAAUUUAAUUAUGCAGCCUGCGAUUAUCCCAAGUUAAAUAGAUUACUGGGUGAAUUAAAUUGGGAAAGCUUACUCUCUUGCCCCGAUGUAGCUAAAUGCUUCGCUACUUUCAAAUCUGUAAUUUCUGAUUUUUGUUUUAAAUUCAUUCCAUUAAUUAGAAAAAGACCCUAUAAAUUACCGUGGUAUAAUCGUGACUUGAAAAAACUUAAGAAUCUUAGAAACAAAUUUUAUAAUAAGUUUAAGGCCUCUGGAAGUCAGUUUUUCUUUGAAAAAUAUCAGGUCCAUCUUAAAAAGUUUAACUGCUUGAAUAAAUUCCUCUACAGAAAUUAUAUCUUAGGUAUUGAAUCCAAUAUCAAAGAAGAUCCGAAAUCGUUCUGGCAUUUUAUUAAGUCUAAGAAGAACAACUCUAGUAUUCCCUCAGCUGUAUUUUUUGAAGAUAAGUGUGCCUCCACUCCAGCUGAAGUUGCAAAUCUAUUUGCUGCAUUUUUUAGUUCUAAUUUUGUAGAUGAUAACCCUACUGUGGAUUCUAGUUUCUCUGCUAGUGUGAAUUCUACUAAUUUUGGCUCCCUUAGACUUUCGUCUGACGAUAUUGCUAAUGGCAUUUUAAAUCUAUCAGCUUCUGCAAAACAAGAUAUUGAUGGGCUCUCUUAAAACUUUAUGAAGAAGUGUCCUGCUUUGAUUUCUCCUUUAAAAAUUAUUUUCAAUAGGUCUCUAGCCUCCGGUAUUUUUUAUGAUGAAUUGAAAUUGACUUCAAUUACCCCUAUUCUUAAAAGUGGCAGCAAAAGUGAUGUCUGUAAUUACAGACCCAUUUCGAAACUUUCAACAAUUUCCAAACUUUUUGAAGUUAUCGUCAAGGAGAAAAUGUAUUUCGCGACAAAAAGUCUAGUCUCACCCAAUCAACAUGGUUUCGUCCCCAACCGAUCUACGGUUACUAAUCUAGGCGUCUUUAGUGAGUAUUAUAUUGCCGCUAUCUCGAACGGUUUCCAAGUCGACUGCAUUUACACUGAUCUUGCCAAAGCAUUUGAUAGAGUUUCGCCCAGUUUGUUGGUCAGUAAGCUAGCCGCACUGGGUUUCCACUCAGUAUUUUUGCAAUGGCUCAAAUCUUAUUUGUCGGAUAGGCGCUGUGUGGUCUCUGUUAGUGGUUGUUCUUCGGAAUCUUUCAUUGCCUCAUCGGGGGUUCCUCAAGGUAGCAUUUUAGGUCCCUUACUCUUUGUAUUAUUUAUAAAUGA